AUGAAAAAUGUAGCAAUUAUCGGAGCUGGCUGCAGUGGUCUCACGGCUAUUAAAGCCUGUUUGGAAGAAAACCUAUUCCCAGUUUGUUUCGAAAUGAGCAAUAAGAUUGGCGGACUAUGGAAUUACUCAGAUGAUGUCGAAGACGAAAGGGCAAGCAUAUAUAAAAACCUUGUCAUCAACACCAGCAAAGAAAUGAUGGCCUUCAGCGACUUUCCUAUCCCAGAGGACUUCCCACCGUUCAUGCCGCACGAUCUCGUCCUCAAAUAUCUCUUCCUUUACGUCGAGAGUUUUGGUCUGAAGAAAUACAUUCAGUUUGACACUCAUGUUAGAUACAUAACUCGGGCUCCCGAUUACGCAGAAUCCGGAAGGUGGGUUAUCACCGUCCAAAAGAAAGGGUGCGAGUCAAAAAGCCAAGUGUUUGAUGGAGUCAUGGUCUGUACCGGACAUCACACGGUGCCGUACACGCCCAGUUUCGUGGGACUUGAGAGGUUCAAGGGAGUAACAUUUCAUUCUCAUAAGUACAAGGACUCGUCUAAGUUCGCCGGAAGAAGAGUUCUUAUUGUUGGAAUGGGAAAUUCAGCCGUGGAUAUAGCCGUUGACCUCUGCAAGGUGACAUCCAAGUUACUGAUCAGUACACGGAGAGGAGCCUGGGUCAUCAGCAGGACGGGGCUGUGGGGAAUCCCCAACGACUUCCUUGCCAACAACCGCUUCAUCUUCACUCUGCCUCUGUGCCUGCUGCAGUGGUGCGUGGAGAAACAAACCAAUCUGAGGCUGGAUCACACCAUAUAUGGCCUGCUGCCAAAACACAGACUUCUCGAGGCGCAUCCAACCAUCAACGAUGAACUUCCGUUCCAUAUAAUGACGGGGAAGAUUGGAAUCAAGUGCAAUGUGGACGAAUUCCUCGAAAAUGGCGUCUUGUUCACCGAUAGGACAUUCGAACAAAUCGACGACGUCAUAUUCUGCACCGGAUACGACUAUCGGGUCGAUUUUGUGGACCCAAGUGUUUUGCAGAUUGUUGACAAUAAAACGAAACUGUUCAAAUAUAUGUUUCCCCCGGAAUUACCACACAGCACGUUUGCCGUCAUUGGACUUGUUCAGCCUAUUGGCUCCAUUAUUCCCGUUUCUGAGAUUCAGAGCAGAUGGUUCUCCCGUCUUUUGAAUGGAAAUGUGUCACUGCCAUCGAAAGAGGUCAUGUACCAAGAUAUGGACUCCAAAGUGAAUAUAAUGGCUCGAAGAUACGUGCAGUGUCGACGACAUCAUUUGCAGACGUUUUGGAUACAGUACAUGGACGAAAUAGCCUCACAAAUCGGGUGUCGUCCAGACCUCCUCAAACUGUUCUUCAACGACCCUGAACUCGCUCUCCGCUGUUUCCUGGGCCCGUGUGUUCCCGCUCAGUACAGACUCCAGGGGCCGGGCAAGUGGGACGGGGCCAGACACAUCAUCUGUAACUCACUGGCUAGGGCCACAGCCUCCACACGCCGCGUGCAGUCGACUACGCAAGAUCCGGAACACGUGACGACAAUUAAAUAUCACAAGAUGGACGCAUUGCUGACUUUCCGAUUUUACCUUAUGGUGAUGUGCGUGGUGUUCUUUGCAUGGGUGUGCAAAGAUUCGUUUCUCCUGUAGUGAGUGAGAGACUGACACUGUGAAAUACGUCUCCCAAAAUGGACUCACGCGAUAGGAGAUGAAUGUACUUCAGACUUCAUGUUUAGUACAAAUGGAUUUCAGAAAUUAUAGAAGCAAAUCACUACUGUGCGCCUGAUGUUCCAUGUGCAAGAAUGGUGCAGGAAUGUUUUGCUAAAAUACUUUUUGAAAAACUUCUUUUUUUCCCAGAUACACAUAUACGUUUGUUUUCCAAGUCCUGCUAUUUCUGGGUAUGACUCUUAAGAUAUGACGGCAGAAAUUCUGAAAAGGAUGUGUAUAUUUUGUGUAUCAUAUUAUGGAGCUUCUUUUCUUUCUUCCUUUCUUUCUUUUCGUUCUUGGCAAGAUGUUUAAAACAGUUUGGAGGCUAAAGUGCUACUUUCGAGUUACUAUUGUUAUUUUAAUUUUCAUUAAUUAUAUAAUAUAUCUCCUAUGGUGAUGAUACAUAAAUAUACAGAAUUGGUUUUACUACAUUGAGUGCAUGUGAUUUGUACAUAUAUUCUUUUAACUUGCUUCAUGUUCUUAAAUACUGUAGACUGAGCAGCUGUCAAAAAGUGUGGCAGGCAAGAACGUUAACACUUUUUUUUUCCAUUUUUAAUAUUUAUCACAUAGCGCCCCACGACUGGUAUAUCAAAGGCCGUAAUAUGUGAUGUCUAAUUUGUAAAAAAAAAUAUUAAUGUAAAAGAUCCCAGAUUUCAUCCGAAGACUACGUCUCAGAAUUACUAAACGUAUGAGGUCCAAUAGCUGACGAUUAGCUAAUCAACGUGCUCUUGUGGUUCCCGUUAAACACAACAAACUUCAUUUCAGUCUCGCUUUCUGUUUUGGAGAUAUGAAAUUUUUUAUAUUAACUAAAACAAAUUUCUUUAAAAAUAAAUUUGAAUAGAAAAUAAUUGUAUGCAGUAUAUAUGUACACCUUGACAUGAUUCUGGUGUAAACUGUGUAAUAAAGAUAAACCGAGAAAUCCAUCGCAAGCACUGUUUUAUUGAAUGGAAU